UUUGCAUCGCGCGAGAACGUCAGGAUGCCGAAAAAGAAGGGAAAGAAGGGCAAAGGUGCAGGGGACGACCCCAGCCUGCGUCCGCAGAUCCUGCGGGACAAGCUGAAGAAGGAGGACGCGUACACGGUGGGGAACGCCGUGAAGCUGAAGGACACGCACAGGCUCGGGAUUCGCGCCAACCGCUGCGAUCAGCUCAAGGAGGACAUCGCGGCGCUCCGCCGUACGUUCGAGCGCCGGGACCAGGACCUGAACCGCGCCGUGGAGAGGUUCGCCUGUGGCGUGCAGGAGGGCGAGCGUCUCUCGGCGCAGGUUUGGCGCGUGCACCGCGAGCACGUCGAGCGUCUGCGCGCCAUGCAGGAGAAGCGGCUCGAUUUCCUGCAGCAGCAGUGGGACACGGGCCAGGACGCUUUGGGCCACAGGCUGGAGUUGCUGAGCGAAAGAAUGGCCACCUACUUUCUGCAGUCCCGUGAGAGCUUCGAGGACACCGUGGUCCACCUGGAGCGUCACCACCAGCAGGCCUUGGCCAUCAUCCACAUGCUCUACAGCGAGCCCAUGGAGGCCCACUCGGUGUACGAGAAGAGGAAAGCUUUCGAGGUGGAGGAGUGCUUCUUGGACCAGAACGUGCAGGUCCUCAAGAACCAGAAGGCCGAGGAACGCUACCUCCACGAGAUGGAGAACGUGGAGCGCAUGGAGGCCAAGAAGCAGGUCUCGGUGACCACGUCCAAGAAGGGCGUGGCGCUCUACAACACCAUCAUCGAGGUGCAGUCCCGACUGGAGGCCACCGAGAAGAGCAACUCCACCAUGACGGCCAAGCUGACGGCGGCCCGGAACGACGCCAAGGCCAAGAUCCACAUGCUGCUCAGCCAGAUGGCUCGCGACCGCGUUCCCGUCCAGAUCAUGAUCAACGAGGUCAGCAUGCACAGCAACGCCGCCGCCAGCACCCUGCGGUUGAUCAUCGCCAAGGGCGCCCGGCUCCUGAAAGUGGCCGAGAUGUGCCGCCACCUAGAGGCCCAGCAGAAGGAGGAGCAGGUGGACCCCCAAGAAGUGGCGGAGGAAUUCGCUACGCGCCUGGUGGCGCCUUCACACAUGUUCGAGUUCCCCGAGCUGAUGAAGCGCUACAACGCCGCCCAGGUCCACCAGGACGCCCUGAAGCGGCGCAAUAAGGACCUGCGGCGGGAGAACCAACAGCUGCACCUGCUCACUCGGCAACGGGUCGAAGCCAAGACCUUAAAACCGGAUACCCACAACGGACCCUACAACCCGCUGCUGGUCAAGAUGGCCCCCAUCAUGGAGAAGGACGCCAUCAGGCAAGUGCGCUGCGUCGUCGAGGGAGUGCACGCCAUCAGAAUACUCUCCAUCAAUGAGUGAAGACGAUCGUGACGGACGGAGCACGCCGGAUUGUCGUAGGCGAGGUCUGGCCACCGUCGCGGGCGGCGCUUCCUGUGAGGGGCGUGGCCAGGCCACUGCUCUGGGCGGGGCCACCUCUGACACCUGGCCCAGCUGCGUCACAUUUGAGAUAUUAGGUGUUAAAUAUGUCAUCAGCAUUUGCCAGUUCGUUGCGCAUGCUUCACUGGAUUCUGCGACAGUCUGCUGCUGUUCCUUACUCACGGCCAUUCUGUGCCCUUGAGUUUGACCCCGUCUUGUCACAUUUCUUAGUUUGCCUCAUAGUCAUCGGACCUCGUUUCAGGCCUUUGGACCUCACCACUCGUCUAACGUUUGUGUGCCGCUGCCUUCUCAGACCGGUACACCUAGGAUUGACCUGUUUUUGGAAUACGCCCACUCUGAACAUUAUGCCGUUGCGUGGAAGUCCUGCAUUUGGGUCCUCCCCCGUGCCGCUGGCAGAUGUUGCAGAGUAUGAUAUCUUG